AUGUUCAACACCACUAAUAAGAGAUGGUACAAUUGGUAUAUCUCUAUGGUGGCAGCCGCAUGUAUGGUGUUGUACGGUUAUGAUGCUUCCGUUUUCAAUGCUUGUCAAAACUCCAAACAUUGGGUUGCAUACUUCGAUAAGCCCAGUACAUACACCCUCGGUCUCGUCAACACUUCUUACAAUAUCGGUGGUAUCGUGUCUGGAUUCUUCUUUGGUGGACCGAUUGCCGAUAGACUCGGACGAAGAUGGGGAAUGGGAAUCGGUUGUUUCUUAACUAUCAUUGCUACAUUCGUCCAAUGUUUUGCACCAAGAGGAAACUUGAAUGCCUUCAUCGGAGGUCGUGUCAUCAUUGGUCUUGGACAGGGAAUUGCUUUGACCGCCGGACCAGUUUACAUUGGUGAACUUGCACCACCCGAGAUCCGUGGUAAAAUCAUGGGUUUCUGGCAAUUGUUCUACUCAGUCGGUUCUUUCAUCGCCUAUUGGAUUGCCUUCGCCACUGGAAAACACUCCGCUGCUCUCGGAGAUUGGGAUUGGAAAACAAUUGUCAUUUUCCAAAUGAUGGUUCCAAUCCUCAUCUGUGUCCUCCUCCCCUUCAUCCCCGAAACUCCUCGUUGGUACAUUUCCCACGGAAAUGUUGAAGGAGCUCGCCAUGCCCUUCUCCAAGUCCGCGACACUGAACAAGAAGUCGAAGAUGAACUCCUCCAAAUUAGAGAAGCGCUCGAAUACGAAAAGGAACAAAAGUCAACCAGCUCUUACAAGGCUUUGUGGAUGGAUAAAUCCGUCCGCAAGAGAAUGUGGAUUGCUUUCGUCAUCAACGCCGGUCAACAACUUACUGGCCAGGGUAGUCUCAACAGUUAUUCCUCAGCUAUCUACAAGGGAAUCUACAAAGAUGCCGAAACUAUCAAUCUUAUCAACGCUAUCAACGGUACCUGUGGUAUUAUCUUCACUCUCAACGCUGUCUGGACCGUCGAUCGUUAUGGACGUAAAUUCCUUUUCAUCGUCGGAGGAUUCGGAAUGGCUCUCUGCAUGAUCGCUUUUGCCGCCGUCGGAAUCGCAACACCAGAUUCAUACUACAUGAGCGGAACAACGAAAACUCUCACCAAAGAUCAACCCGUCGGAAUCGCACUAACAUUCUUACUUUUCUUGUUCAUCUUCUUCUAUAAACCUACUUGGGGAGCCACAACUUGGAUUUGGACCUCCGAAAUCUUCAGUAUGAAUGUUAGAGCCCAGGCCGUGGGUAUGUGUAGUCAAUGGCAAAACGUGUCGAAUUUGAUUUUCAAUCAAUUCUUCCCCGUUUUCUUGGCGAAGUGCAGUUUCAACACAUUCUUCUUCUUCGGCGGUAUAAACUGUCUCCUCGCCCUCUUCGUCAUUUUCGUGGUGCCAGAAACCAGGAACAUCAUGUUGGAAGAGAUGGACGUGCUCUUCGGAGGCGUAAACCAUAUUGAGAAAGGAGGGGCGCAGCUUGGGGUUGAGGAUGCUCAUCAUGCGCAUGUUCAGCAUGUUGAGACCGAAGGCGCGGAUAUUGCGGGGGUGGAAAAUGAAAAUAUCGUUAUGCAUGAGAAGGUUUAG